UAUCUCGAUCUCGUAACUGGCCUUGAAUUCCCAGUUGGAAGAAUCACUGGAUUUUUAAGAAAUCGAAAGUUUGAUGAGCGUGUCGACGCCGGUGCCCCAGUAUGCCUCUCCGCCAUUCUUGAAUACCUUGUGAUUGAGGUUUUGGAGCUCGCAGGAAACGAGGCUAGGGACAAGAAGAAGAAGAACGGGAUUGCGCCUAGGCAUAAACAAUUGGCUUUAAAGAUCGAUGAAGAUUUGAGCAAGCUUUUGGGAAAUGUUACCAUUGCAAACAGUGGGGUUCUGACUAACAUUAGUCAGUGUUUGUCGCCAAAGAUAGCCGAUGGAAAAGAUAAAGAGAAUGGCUUUGCUUCGGAAGAGUUCUACGAUAAAAGGGAUGAAACAGAUGUUGGAAAUAAAAAGGAUGACUGGGAUGUUAGGAAUGAAAGUGAAGAACUUGAUGUUGGAAAUGAUAUGAUUGAAACUAAUGUCGAGGAUGUUAGGGAUGAAAGGCUUGAAUUUGAUGUUGCACGGCUUCCUUCGGAUCAAGGAUAG